AACGCAGGUAAGUCUUAUUGGUUGUCUUCAAAUGACUGGUGUUAUUGGUUAAAAAAGAAAUUUCAAAUGAUCGCUCAUGCCCCAUCACAAUAUUAUUUUCAUCGGCGCUUCAAAAGUUCCCGCAUUACGCAGGGCCUCUGAAGGUUUAAUAGCUAUUAUCCUCACUAUCCCAAUUAUCACCACGGACCGCAGAUGUGGUACGAGUUUUACACCAAUCCGCGAUCACUGCUUCACCGGUACUUAACCACAAAUUUGCGUUCGUUUGAAUCGUUUUGCCGAAAUUUGCACUAUUAGGUAAAACGAUGACUGAUACUGAUAUCAUUUGGAAGGGUUUAAAACCUGUCGCUAAGAAAGAUGACCGAACGAAUGUUCAAGUUGUUUCAACAGGGCGCAAAUUCGUUAAAGCAAAAAAGAAAGCCGCUAGGCAAAAUUCAAGAAAUGCUCCAAAACGGGAUAGCAGCGAAAAUAGUAAAGUUCAGACGCAUGACGACGAUACGACGCGAGUUCGAGUUGAAAACUCGUUAAAUUUUACCAACGAGCAGAAAAUAUCGCCCUCCAAAACAGCAACCAGCUUUGGGAUACGUAAACAGCGUGAACGAAACAUAAUUCCUUCGGUUUCGGAGAUGGUAGAGAAUGAUGCUACUGUUAAAGUUAAUAAGAAAAGGAAACGCUCUGAUAGCGACUUGUAUUCUUCGCCGGUCAGAAAGAAGAAAACAUCUGACGGCAAGAAACAACAAUUAUUUUUUGAAGAUGCAAAUUCUUUCAAUAACGUCAGUGGAGGAUUUAACAGCUAUAAAUUGAGUACAUCGGCUAAAAAGAAGAAAAUUUUCAGUAAAAAGCCAAAUCAUGUAGAAUUGAAAGACCCAGUGAUCGAGAAUAAUAUGAAGGUAGAGGUUGAUGAUUUUUCCAGUGCCAAGGAAAAAAUUGGGAGAAAAAAUAAAAACACAAACUUGAACACAGCAAAUGGUGUAAGGAAUGGUAUGGAGAAGAUAUUUAAGAAAAAAAGGAUAAAAAAAGAGAAUACAGGCACAGACAUAAACAAAGCAACAAAGAAAGAUGGUAAACCUUAUAAAAUUAAUGGAAAGAAAAUGAAAAGUAUUACAGAACUUGCAGAAAGUGCCGACUGUGUUGAAGAUAAAACGGAAAGGAAAAAGACAAAAAAGGAGAAUGCCCCCAAAGACAUAAAGAAAAAAAAAGAGAAGGCUGCUGAAUCUAAUAAAAUUAAAAAAAAGAAAAUGAAACAUGUUGCGAAACUUGUGGAAAGGGCAGACUAUGUUGAAGAUAAAACUGAAAAAGUGAUAAUAAAAAAAGACAAUAGACACAAAGUCAUAAAGAAAAAAAAUGAGAAGGCUGAUAAACCUAAUAAAAUUAAAGAAAAGAAAAUGAAAAGUAUUGCGGAACUUGCCGCAAGUGCAGACUCUGCUGAAGAUAAAACUGAAAAGCUAUUUAUAGAAAUUGAAGUCACUAAGUCCAAACCAUUGACCAAUGAAAAUAAUGAAGCAAAACUGAAAAUUAAGAAAAAACGCUCCCGGAACGAACAACAGAAACUGAAUAGUCAUCCAACAUUUAAGAUAGAAAGGAAAGAUAUUCGAAGCAACAAAGAAGACCAAAACAGUAACAAAGAAAACUGUGCCUUGGCAAAUGGAAAGUGGGAUAUCUCGUCUGGCGUUUCUUCAGACAUUGAAAGUUGGGAUGCAGAAAACAUACAGGUGAACAAUUUAACUUACAAAGAGCUUUGUGGUAUUAGCAUUGUCCCGGAAAACGAGUCGAUUCUAAGGCAUGGGACCCAGUUAAACAUUCCAGAAGAACACUAUAAUGACUCAGAGGGAAGUGAAUGUGAUGAAACGUCUUCUGAAAAAAUUCAAGCCGAUGAAGACAAACGCGAAAACAUAACACAAGAUUCUCUGCAAUCGGGCCCACACGAAUCAGAUUUGGCAAUUGAAGAAUCAAUAACGGCAAAUGAAGAAGUGAUUGUAGAAGAAAAUGGGGAGGGGUUAAACGAUACUCAAACAGAAGCGGAACAAGUCAGGCCUAUGCAAUUCUUGACCUUAGAAAACGAUGAUAAAGUAAUUAUAUUGAAUCCCGACGGGACCAUACAUUUUUAUGGCCUGUUCUUGAUUGAAGUACUGCAAGGCGAGGUCGAAAUCCUAGGGGCGCAGCUUUGUAAAAACUCCGGCAUUAAGAAGGUGUAUUCACCCAGGGGCACGGCACUGCUAUACCUUAAAAAUUUAAGACCCGACCUUAAAAAUACCGAAAAGACUUUGCAUCAUGUAAUCACUGCCGAUUUACUGCCACCACAAUGGCGGGAAAUGACAGUAGACGUUAACAGUGCCGUGAUCCUGUGCAAGAAACUAAAAGAGCCAUACGUGGAUUUUAUCUUGAAACAUAUGUCGCAGAGGGUCUUCCCAUACGAGUCUGGCGAUUCAGGGCCACGAAUAAUAUUCGAAAACCUCCCCAGUAAAGUUAGAGUGGGAGAGGCGUGGACAAUUUGCGACCAGGUAACGGAUAGCACGCGGUUGGCUAUAUGCGGUGGCAAAGGAGUGGGAAAGAGCACGCUGCUGCGCUACACCGUCAACAAACUGCUGAAAAGGUUCCCCAAGGUCAAGGUGAUCGAUUUAGAUCCUGGCCAAUCGGAAUUUUUUAUGCCGGGGACAGUUUCGGUCGCGACCGUUUCAGAUUACCUCUUGGGGCCCAAUUACACCCACCACCAGAUGAUCGACAGGGCGAUCUUGGCAAACAUCAACGUAGCUUACGAUGUGAAAAAAUACGUCGCUUGCGUGGAGGCGGUGCUCUGCUCCUCCGACCAGGAGGCGUUCCCGACUGUAAUCAACUUGUGCGGUUACGUCACGGGUCUAGGCCUCGACGUCACACUCGAAGUAUUGCGGUUGUUAGAUCCUCACUUGGUGGUUCAAAUAAAAAGCCGCAUGCCGAGUAGAAAUUAUCCAAUCGACCUGACCGCGGAAGAGGCGGGGUUGUCGUACGACCACUUGACGCUCGACUCGAUGGCGGAACAAGGCGACGCGUGGAAACUAGAUGGCCGACAGUCGCGGGAAAUCAACACCCUCGCCUAUUUCGGUCGAAUGAUGUCGGGCAGUGUCCGCGACUUGACCAGUUGCGACGUGAACAUGUACAGUAUAAACUUGGCGAGCGUCAACAUAACCAACGGGGACGGCAACAGCGUAUCGCCGCUGGCAGUCAACGCCAACCUGGUAGCCUUAUGUUCUCGCCGGGACCACGCCCUCUUGGAGUGCCACGGUUGGGGGUUUGUGCGAGGGGUCGAUUUGGACAGCGGCACCAUGGUGUUGCUCACACCCGAGUCGCUGCGGGUGCUCGAUCGCGUCGAUCACGUCGUGCUGAGUUCCGUCGCGGUACCGCCCUCGCUCAUCAUGUCCACGGGUGACAUCACGGGGCACGCGCCCUACCUCAACCCUGGCAAGCCUAUCGCUCUAGGCACGUUCACGAAACGCCCCUACCUACCCCCGAAAAAGGACUCCACCCCGCAGAAAUAAAAAC